CCGAGCCUUGCCUGAAACCCACGCAGCUCCCCACAGGCGUGCUGCCAGGCGGAGCAGAAAACGGAAAGCCUUUAAGAACCGGAGAGCCUUCUGCUCCUCACCGGGUGCCCCCAGUCUGGUUCAUUUGCACUUCUAGGAGACAGUGCCUACCCUGUCAUUAACGAAUAUUCUUUGCCUUUAUUUGCUAUGACGAGAUGACUGCAUUUGAUCAGAUAAAUGUUGACCCUCUGCAUUCCUAGUAUAUAACAAUAAGGCAAUAUACUCUUAACAUAUCUAACCUCAAAUAAAAUUUAAGUUAGAAGACCAGUCAGACUUCGGUUUAGCUUAAGUAAUGAGUCACUUCAGCCCUAGCAGGGUACGCUUUUUUAUUUUUUUUAAGAAUUUUUAUUUAUUUAUUCAUAGAAACAGAGAGAGGGGCAGAGACACAGGCAGAAGGAGAAGCAGGCUCCACGCAACAAGCCUGACGCGGGACUCGAUCCCGGGUCUCCAGGAUCACACCCCGGGCUGCAGGCGGCGCUAAACCGCUGCGCCACCGGGGCCGCCCAGCAGGGUACGCUUUGACACCGUCUUAACAAAUCUGUUUCUUACAGCAUAAGCCCAUAUACACUUUAUGAGUUUCAUAAAUGAUAAUUAGCAAUUAGGAAUUACUUAUCAUGUCCUGAUCUAAGUAUUUGCUGUGAAUACUGACAGCAGUCCUCAGGCAGAUUUUCCUCGUCUUACAGAUAAGGAAACUGAAGGAUAGUAAGAAACCCAGGCAAUCUGGCCCCAGAGGCUGUUUUAAAAUGGAUAUUCAACGAAAUACUCUUGAGCAGAUUGGCAGAUGCUAGAUAUAAUGAACUUGGGGCUUGUGAAUGUAGAGUGCCACAUUUUCAUUAAUACCUUGUAUCUUAUAUAAGUAAUAAAAUCAACCUUUGUAAAAUGAAUUACCUAUGCUCUUAGCUUAAACAUAAAGAUUAUAUAACAAGUCACAUCAUUUUGCAAAGAAGGUUAUGACACUCUUUUGAUCAAUAUAGCAUUCCUAAUACCAUAAAAGUUUCGGAGACCUAAAUUAUAAUGCCAACUAUGUGAUGACUAUUAAAUAAAUUUUGUAAUAGACUUACUGUAGAAUAUAAUUUUAUUACUUUCUUAUUUUACUCUCUUCACUGUCAUUCUUUUAUAUUUUGGUUUUGAUUCAACUGCCUUUCUACUAAUAUAUUUUAUAAUAUACAUUUUUAGACUUUCUUUAUUUGUACAGGGCUCCCGAACUUUUAUUCCAAAAUUAAAAAGUUUAUUAUUAUCCUAAUUUCUUAACUGAAAAAAAAAAAAACCAAGGCUCAAACAGAUUAAAUAUUACACACAAUAUCUAAGGCAGAUGGGUAGUAUAGACUAGAAAUCCUACCCUAGGGCCCAACAGACUUCAAAUGGUUUAUGUAAAUGGCUUGUGUUUAUUCACAUAUCUUCUCAGAAUCAAUAUAUCUCAGAAACAGACCUCUUUUAUAAAAAUGAAGGUGGUUAAACAUCACCUAUAUGCUAAGUACAAUAAGUUAAAACAGAAUUUUACCAAUUUUUUAAAAAUAUGGAUCCUAACACCUUCCUAUGUUUUUUAAUCAACAGGUUAGUAUUAUUGGUCUUUUCCUCAAAUAUGGAAUGCAAAUUAGUGGGAGGUGGGGAGUUAUAAAAACUAGAAAGAAAGAACUUAUGGUUGAGUAGCAAGACUCAUUUAUUUUUAACAUCUGGGUUUCCACAUUAUAUAUAGGCAGUGGUGAUUCUGUGCCAUUUUUAUUCGGAUUUUUCCUCUUCUAGGAUUCUCUCAUAUUUGUUAUUCUUUGAAGCUCUGAUUAUGGCUCUGAAUCUGAAUUUUUUUUCUCCCCCAACUCUGUUUCAAAACUUCUGUAACUCAUUUGCCAUGAAGUCUAAGAUCUCUCUUGCAAGUGAGCUUACUGGGUGGGCCAAACUGCCAUGGAACAGGACUGUUAGGAAGUCGAUAUGUUGCUAAGAAAUCUUGCUAAUUUGCUAUAUGAGCUGAAUGGAGUGUCAGAGAAUUUUCCUUUCCCCUGAUGACCUUAGGAGGUGUAUGUUUUGACCUGUAUUAGUGAUUGUAUUUGGAUCAAUUACUUUAAGGUUACAAUUUUUUAUCCAUAUAUGAAUGUUGCACCUAAUUAUCCCCAUAAUCGGCUAAACAAAUGUCAGCUGUUCGUAUUUCAAAUAUUUCUGCCAAUAACUGCUGGAAGUGAUUUAAUGCAGCUGGAGAAUAACACUGACAAUCAUUAUAGCCUGCAAAAUGUGAAAUAAUUUCAUUGCACUAUAUAGUCUCUUUAGUCUGAACACUGAUCAUGUUCAGUGGAUGACACUUAAAAAAAAAGCUGUUUUUUUUUAUAAUUAAAUAAUAAAUAAUGGAAAAAGGGGGUGAGUCCACAGGCAGCUCACUGCUGUUUAUCUGGCGAACUCUUCUGGGUGGAGAGCUUAUUUUUAUAAAAAGUCACUUUAAGUGUUGAAGGGAAAUAUUUUCAUCUAAAAAGGAGGAUUGUACUUCAUUCAGACUGCUUCCGCUCAUCUGAUAAAAACCCUUGUGAGUAACAGCACAGACACGGCUCAUUUGGGGAAAAUGAAGGAAGAGGAGAAAAGCGCUGGGCGGAGCAAAGGAGGAGUCAGAGAUGCUUCCAAACUCGUGGGACCCUCUUCUUUUGGUUUACCUGAGCCACUUUGGGGUCCACUUUGAAGGUGCCAUGCCCUCACCUCUUUCCCGGCACAGUUACCUCCCCAGUGAGUUUUCUCCCUCGGUGGACUCGCGGCCCUGCAGCAGCCCUUCUGAGCUCCCAAGUAAAGCAGGGAAGCUCUUCCUGGGUGGCACUCCUCCCAGGGCUCCAAGGCUACCACGUCGGCUGGCCUGGUGCUCCAUCGACUGGGAACAGGUGUGCUUCCUGCAGAGGCUGGGAGCUGGCGGGUUUGGCUCCGUGUACAAGGCGACUUACCAUGGUGUUCUGGUGGCCAUAAAACAAGUGAACAAGUGCACCAAGAACCGACUGGCAUCCCAGCGCAGUUUCUGGGCUGAGCUCAACAUCGCAAGGCUUCGCCAUGAUAACAUCGUGCAGGUCGUGGCUGCAAGCACACGCACACCUGCGGGAUUUAACAGCCUAGGCACCAUAAUCAUGGAGUUUGGUGGCAAUGUCACCUUACACCAAGUCAUAUACGGUGCCACAAGCUGCUCUGAGAAGGAUGUGCAGCCUCACUGCUGUGCCGGAGAGCAAUUAAAUCUGGGAAAGUGUCUGCAGUAUUCCCUAGAUAUUGUGAAAGGCCUGCUUUUCCUUCACUCACAAAACAUUGUACACUUGGACCUGAAGCCGGCUAACAUUCUGAUCAGUGAGCAGGAUGUCUGCAAAAUUGGGGACUUCGGUUGCUCAGAGAAGCUGGAAGACGUGCUGUGCUUCCAGACUCCUCCCUACCCCCUGGGGGGCACCUACACCCACCGAGCUCCAGAGCUCCUGAAAGGAGAGAUGAUAACGCCAAAAGCUGACAUCUACUCCUUUGCCAUCACUCUUUGGCAAAUGGCUACCAAGGAGGCGCCCUACUCAGGGGAGCGGCAGUACGUGCUCUACGCUGUGGUGGCCUAUAAUCUCCGUCCAUCUCUGUCAGCAGCUGUCUUCACUGACUCCAUCUCUGGGAAAAGACUUGAGAAGAUCAUCCAGUGCUGCUGGAGGGCCAGCGCUCUACAGCGGCCAAGUGCAGAACUCCUCCUGGUUGACCUUAACUCUUUAAGAGCUGAAUUUGACUGACUCCAUCCUGUACCCUCAAGAUAAGCUUUGCCUGUGUUUCUAUUCAUUUUUAAAGAAGUGACCAUGUAGAAAAAAACAUAUUUGCAGAACGGAUUUUUAGAAAAUAAAGUUAUU